GUCUUUCCUAACGCAGACACUCGAAACCUGGCCAGAUUUUAUAAAAACCCAUCAAGAAAGGCUUUUUAAUAGUUUUAAAAGUCUAGAUUUUAUUUGAGCGCUGGCGCCAACUCUUGCGUCAUCACCCCUUCACGCCCGCUCCUGACCCAGGGAUGACCCCAACUUGUACCAACAACCAAGUUACAGUGUUAAAGUAUCACCACCUGUGCUGCUGUGAAAAGAGCACCAAUGGAGAGAGCGACGGUACUUCUUUGUUUGUUUGGCUUCUUUAAGGAGCUGCGACCUUCGGAGCCGUUCCUGACCCCGUAUCUUAAAGGUCCGGACAAAAACUUAACGGAGGAGCAGGUGACCAAUGAAAUCUACCCGGUGUGGACGUACACAUAUUUCCCCACGUUACUGGUCGUCUUGUUCCUGACGGACUAUCUUCGGUACAAGCCCGUUAUCGUGUUUGAGGGUUUGACGCUGAUCCUAACGUGGGUUCUGCUGUUGUGGGGUCACGGGGUCGCGAUGAUGCAGCUGAUGCAGGUGACCUACGGCGUGUCCACCGCUGCGGAGAUCGGAUACUUCUCCUACAUCUACUCCGUCGUGCCGCGGGACAGAUACCGCCAAGUCACCGGGUACAACAGGAGCGUCGUGUUAGUGGGGAGGUUCGCGGCGUCUGUCAUCGCCCAGGUGUUGAUCUCGACAAAGCUGGUGGAUUAUUUCGCCCUCAACUGUUUUUCUCUCGGAAGCGUGAGCGUUGCGUUCAUCCUCGGCUUCACCCUCCCCACCGCAAAGAAGAGUCUCUUCUUUCACAAAGAUGCUAAUAACACAGAACAACUCCUGGACACUGAACAGGGUCCUUUAGAAGACUCAAAACUGACAUCUGAAGGCAAAGAUGAAGAUGACAUAAAAGGCCGAGAAGAGUCGCAAGUGCCAGACAAAACCGCGAGUGAAGAAACUUUGCCCUGUGUAGGAGAUGAUGGUACAGCUUCCGCUGACAAGAAGGGAGCUGUGGAGGUUUGUGAACCUAUCACAACUGACUUUAGAAGAAGUCCAUGGCAGAAGGGUCAGUCCGAAUGCUUGACCACACUGCGGCACCUCGGCCAGAGCCUGCUGGACGCCUACCAGUCAGAGGCCCUACUAACGUGGUCAGUGUGGUGGGCUUUUGCCAAGUGUGGGAACUCACAGGUCAGUGUUGUUUGUGGGUUAAGGCUGAAUUUGUCUGUGUGUGGACAGCAUAAGUUCAACUUUAAGACAGAUCUUUGGUACGUUACACAAAUGUAUAGUAACAUGUAUUACAAUCACCUGCAGUUUUUUAUCUUUCUGCUAGGUGCCCUCGUGUCCCUCCUAAUGGGGCAUGUGAAGCUGAAGUGGUCAAUAGUGGGAGAAGCUGUGCUGGGGGUUGUCUCACUGGGGAUGGCCUUGCUGCUGUUCGUCAUGGCAACCACACAGAACAUCUGGGUGUGCUACGUCUGCUACGUCAUCUACAGAACAUCCUACCAGGCACUCAUUACCAUAGCAACGUUUGAAGUUGCAAAGAACCUGGACAAAGCCCUGUAUGCUCUGCUGUUUGGGAUCAACACAUUUGUGGCCCUGGGACUGCAGACACUACUGACCGCUGUAGUAGUGGACAGGAGAGUACUGGCCACACCUGUACAGGCACAGUACACUGUGUACGGUGGCUUCUUCUGUGCCAUAGCAGCUGCUUACCUGCUGAAGUCUGUGGUGACGUGCACGUACGCGGGAUGGCGGGAAACCUGGGAGAAAUCCUGGGUCACCACGACACACGACGAGGAUUCAGCAAGGAAAUAAUAUAUAAGAGGCAAUAAGUUAAUGUUCUAUGGUAUACCAGAAUGGUCUAUAUUUUACCGUGUAUAUAUUUGUGCGCUGGGGUUUAAAGUUACUUAACUUGUGUAUGUAAUUUUGUAUUGGUAAAAGUCACUCGAGAUACAAUUUCAAGCACAAGAAAUUGGACUUUCACCAAUUUUUAACUGUUGACUAAAGCCUUUAUGAUUUUUAUCAAGGAAUGGACAAUCUGCUUCUUCUAUGGUGUUAGAUACAACAUGUGACUUUGUGAGCAAGUGGAUCAUAAGUUGCAGAAAGCCUAUGGUGCCGUCCAUCUGUAGCCACUACCAGGCUCUGUGGAAUGGUGGACUAAUUGUAGAAAUUGGUACAAAUA